AUGUCGUUCGCCGCGUACUGCGUCGCGUUCGCGUCUGCACUGGCGUUCGUGUCGGAAGCAACGGAUCCGGAAACGUCUACAAGCGGAUGUCCGGAGUGGUCGGUACCCGGAUAUCCGGACGAAUCGCUUCAAUACCUGAACGAGUUGCACGAAGCGACCAGAUCUCACGACGACGACGUGAUGUUCCUGCGGAAGAUGAUGGAGUUGGACUAUCUGUGGUGGCCCAUCCUCAUGGAGCCGGUCAAGGUCAAAUGGCCGACCGUGCUGUACUUCGACCAGUACAACGAACCGACGCCUACCGAGUACGUGGAAAACAGUGAGUUGCCAUUCGACUUGAUCUCCACCAUGCUGACGGAGAACACGUUCACCGGCUCGGACGUCGUGUUCGUGAUGAACGCGUUCAAGUCCGCUAUGACGUGUUCGGUGCUGAAGCACGUCUCUAUGCAGGCGCUCAUGCUGCACGUUCUGCUUACCACUUACCUCAAGACGAUACCGGAAGACGAGCGUGAGCUGUUCGAAGGGUGGCUGGCGACCAUGGUCCAGGUUGCGAUGGACAAGUUGACCGCGAUGGACCACUCGCAGGACCCGGACCAGUCGAUCACCCGAGCUCGCGUGCUCCUCGUGGAGAUGCGACGUGCGCUGUGGGGCGGCACCACGGAAGAAACUCUCGUAAAAGUUCACGAAAUCGGCAUGGAGAUGUACGCCGAGAUCGAGAAGACGUGCGCCGUGCCCAUCGGAGAAAAGGGCCAUUACAGCGUGUUGGCAAAAGAUUUGAACAGGGAGAAAAGAGUUGAAGAGCUCAAGGCCCACCGGACGCAGCUCACCGAGAUCAUGAGAGAAGCCUCCGAAGUGCACAACGUCGACAUAAUGCACAAGUACAAAGGCGACAUAGUCAUCGGAGAGGCCUUAACUGCAAAUGACAUCGCUGGCCUGACCGACGACACGAUGAAAAGAGCCAUAGCCGCAAAUCACAUCCAAAUGAACUUCUUGUACUUGAACUUGCCCAUACAGAUCUUGGCCGAGUCCCAGUGGAUCACCAUAUCCAAACCUAAGAUACCUAGGCUGCCGGGAAUACCUACUACCGUCCCACAGACCGACCUUUGUCGGUCGGUGAGGUGCCCUCACGGUCAGAGGUGCAUCGCGGACAAGGCUAGUGCGCAGCCGCGCUGUGUGUGCUAUGCGGACACGGAAUGCCACGGCGACGACAGCGGAGACGCCGCCGGAGGACCGGUCUGCGGCGACGACUAUAGAGACUAUCCAAGUCCGUGUCACGUCAGAAAGGCUUCCUGUGCGUCGGGCCGGAGCAUAGGAAUCAAAUACAGAGGACUGUGCGAUCCGUGUGACUAUAUAUCGUGCGAAGAACCCGAAAUAUGUCGUUUGGACUACGAGAGACGUGCCAGGUGCUUGUGCUCGGAAUUUUGCGGCGAAGACUUCAUUCCGGUAUGCGGGUCCGACGGCCGGACUUAUACGAACGAGUGCUUUCUACGGCGGCAGGCGUGUCGGAUGAUGCCAGGUCUGAGGAUCGUCUUCCACGGCCAAUGCGACCAGGGCGUAAACCCGUGUCUGAACUUCACGUGCUGGGAAGGAUCGCACUGCGCCAUCGAUCGUCUGGGCAUCGCCGUGUGCCGUUGUCCGGAGCCCACCCUUUGCGAAACGUCGGUGCGACCUGUUUGCGGCACAGACGGUUAUACUUACGAGUCCAAAUGCAUGUUGGAACGGAUCGGGUGCAACAGGAGGUCCGGCGUCAAGUUGGCAUACCACGGACAUUGCGGGGAAUCGAAUCCGUGCAACGGGUACAUGUGCAACUUCGCGGCCACUUGUAAAGUGAGAGACGGAAAAGCAGCCUGCGAAUGUCCUUUUUGUUCCGAACACCACGAGCCCGUGUGCGGCGACGACGGUAACACGUAUAGUAACGAGUGCAAGUUGAAGUACCACAGCUGUCAGCAGAAGAAAAUAAUCGUAAUGGCCCACCGCGGAACGUGUAACGAUUGUACAAAAAUGAAUUGUCAGUUUCACUCGGUUUGCGAAAGCGAUGGAAUGGAGGCCAAGUGCGUCUGCCCGACGUUCAAAUGUGCAAACGCAAGCGGUAAAGUUUGCGGUACCGACGGCAUUACGUACACAGACCUUUGUCAUCUACAAAACGCCAGUUGUGCAACAAGGAAGAAAAUAUUCACCGCGUACGCGGGCGAAUGCGGGUCGUGUCACGAUCAGAAAUGCAACUGUCCCGAAACAUGCGUGGACACGAAAUCAAAAGAACCCGUCUGCGGGUCCGACCUGAUCACCUACAACAGCGAAUGCGAACUCCUCCAAAGGUCGUGCGUAAAAAACGGCACUCACAAUUUGACGAUUCUGUUCUACGGUGACUGCAAGGAAUCUUCGUCCAUAGGUAAAAUUUUAAAACCUCACGGUUCGGUGGAAAACAGCGUUUACAGCAACAACAACGACGUGUGCAAAGACAUUAAAUGUGACUACGACGCCACGUGCGAGGUCGGACCCGACGGAUUUCCUCGGUGUUCGUGUAUAUUCAACUGUUCAGCUACCGACUCCUCGCCCGUUUGCGCGUCGGACGUUCGCACUUACAACUCAUUGUGUCUGAUGAAAAUGGAAGGGUGUCAGAGGCAACAAGAACUCCGGCUGAGGCCCAUGGAGUUGUGCCAAGGCAUGGAGGUCAAACCUUGCAACGGUAAGAAACCCUUGAUGAACCAUCUGAACGGCAGAGAAUUAGACUGCGGCCACGGUCCCGACAGGCAAGACUGUCCGUCGACCAGUUAUUGUCAUCAAACAUCUAGGUUCGCCAAGUGCUGUAAUAAAUCUGAUCGAGACACAACAAUCGUUUCGGACAGUUGUCAAAAUUCGUCUUAUGGCUGCUGCCCUGAUAAAAAGACACCGGCAAAAGGACCGAAAAAUCUUGAUUGUCCUUUGCAGUGCAAUUGCAAUAAAUUGGGGUCGAUAUCAGAGGAGUGUGUCGACAAGAAAUGCCUGUGCAAAUCGGGAGUUGGUGGAGAAAAGUGUGAUCGGUGUGAACCCGGGUAUUGGGGAUUACCGAAAAUAUCAUCAAAUCAUCAAGGGUGCAUGCCUUGUGGUUGUUCUCUGCUGGGUUCGGUCCGAGACGACUGUGAACAAAUGACCGGACGUUGCGUUUGUAAGCCAGGAGCCGUAGGACCAAAGUGCAAUAAAUGUGAAGACAGUUCUAAAAUUUUAAACCCUGCAGGAUGUGUUUCGCCUGACAUGGCGAUGCAAAAUUUAACGUCUUGUAGUCAACUCGUCUGCUAUUAUGGAGGCGUGUGCGAGAUGAAUAACGACAAACCGUCUUGUGUAUGUCGGGCGACAUGUGCCGAGGACGCGAUACGUACGACUUUGGUGUGCGGUAGUGACGGGCAAACGUAUAGCUCCGAGUGUCAACUAAAACUGUACGCGUGUCGCUAUCAAAAAGACAUAGUCGUCAAGUCACACACGUCGUGUAAAGACGAAAAUCUCAUACUGCCAGGCACGGAGGGGCCGAAAUUCACCGAGCCCCAGGACAUAGUCAUGUCGAAGUCGACGCGACACCUGUUGUUUUCUGAACUGCCCAAUUUCACUUACAACACUUCCGGCGGCUACGAAGUGGACAUCAUACCCGAGGUCCAAGACCUGACCGGGAGGACGACGUCGGAAUCCACAGAUCGGGAAAUGUCACUGUGUGACCCGAAUCCGUGCCAGAACAGCGGGGAAUGCGAGCGACUGGAUUCUGGCGGUUUCCAGUGCCAUUGCCCCGCCACGCACAGUGGCACCGUUUGUUCCAACCCGGAGGAAGUCAGAGAACACAAAUCGGCUGCGUUCAACGGACAUUCGUACGUUCAGUUGAAAAAAUUGAAAGCAUACCACAGGUUCAGUCUGGAAAUGGAAUUCAAAAGCUUUUCGGACGACGGGAUUCUGCUGUACGACCAACAGCAACCGGAUGGGUCUGGAGAUUUCAUAUCGAUAGCAAUAGUCAAUAAGUUUGUCGAAUUUAAAUACAAUCUGGGCAACGGGGCCGUAGUCCUGACUUCUGUACACCCGAUAACGAUCGGCACUCGGCACAAGAUCGUGGCUAAGCGAUAUCAAAAAGACGGUCUGCUGCAGUUCGAAGACCACGAGCCGGUCCGAUCAGUGUCCAUGGGGUCUCUCAGGUCGCUGGACCUAAACGACAACGCAUACAUCGGAUACGUCCCGAUCGUGCAUCAAAAGAUAUUCGAAAACAUCGGUGUGAAAUCGGGAUUGAUCGGGUGCGUGCACAGUGUGAAAAUAGGACGUUACUCUGUAAACUUGUUGGGAUUCGAAGACGGCGAUUUGGUGACCAACUCCGAAGGAGUGACGGAAUGUCAAAAGAGUUGUUCGAAUGGCACGUGCGCUUGUACAGGCAAUUCAUGCUACGACGACAUGGCCUGUUCGUCGGAGCCCUGCAGCUUCGGAUCUACUUGCGAGUCCUUGCCAGGCGGCCGAUACGCCUGUUUUUGUCUGCCUGGACUGACGGGCGCCAACUGUGAUAAAUUCGAGUACGGUCUGACCAAAUACUUUUCGCCAGAGUUCAACGGCAAGAACUCGUUUCUCAGCAUACCGCUGACCGAAGACCUUCGCAGGACCACUCGCCUAGAACUGUGGUUCGGAACGACCUCCGACAUGGGCUUGUUGCUGUACAGCGGUCAAUCGUACACGGGACAAGGAGACUUCAUUUCUGUUUACUUGUCGGGCGGCCGAGUGAGACUCACCUACGAUUUGGGCAACGGCAAGACGAACAUCACUACCGACGAGAAGAUUGUUUUUCUGCCUCAAUGGAAUUUGCUGAAAAUCAAAAGAUUCGACAACCAAGCUUCCAUUCAGCUGAACAACGGCAACGUUACCACAAUCAGCUCAAGUUCCCCACUUGUCGAAUUGAACUUGGAACUGCCGUUGUACAUUGGCGGUGUACCUGCCACCAUUAUGUUGGGCCAAGAGUCGAUCGCCGACAAACCUUUCAACGGCAUCGUCCAGAGGGUAAUACUCAACGAAAAAACGUGUAACCUGUCGUCGGGUCUCAGCCAGGAGGUGACUCCCUAUCGAGGAGCUCCUUGUGGUUACGCUCCUUGUCUGAAUGGCGGCACGUGUUUUCCGGUCCUCUCUAGAUUUUUGUGCCAUUGUGGCCCACAGCACUUCGGUCCGUUGUGCGAACACACGCAUAAAUCAUAA